CUUUCAGCCAUCAUGUCUGAAAGACACAUCUAAACAGCCAAUCAGAACAUCGGAACGCUCGGAGCUCCUCCAAUGAAAACUCUGAAUGGGCGGAGCUCCUGUAUGUUUUCUGGUUGCCAAUGAGAAGAUGUUGCGCUGUGGAGUUGGAGACAGAUGAGAAAUCACUGUCAGACGCUCCAAACGGGAAUAACGACGCUCUUAUUUGAAUAAAGACAGUUUCUUCAUCUGAUGUGAACGAUUUAGAGAAGUUUAAGAUGCAUACAACUCGCAGUCCAUCCGCGUCCAUCCAGACCGGAGCAGCUGGAGACGCACUGGACCUCAGCCUGACCGGCUCCCAGCUCGCAAUGGGCCGCAGACCCAGCAGUGCUUCACCUGGAAAACACUUCUCUCGAUCCAUAUCCGUGUCUGUGGCCAGUGACGGCCGGGGGAAGCGAAACACUUUGACUGAUGCUGGAUUGGGAAGCUCACGAGCAAUUAAGAACCUGCGUCGGUCCAACAGCACCACACAGGUGAACCAGCAGGCCAACACAAGCCUCAGUGAUGGCCACACAGAAGACUUCCUGGCUCUGUUCAACAGCAGCUCUGAUGGACGUAGAAAACUGGCUGGUCUCUCCAAGACUUCCAAAGACCGUACCACUUGGAACAUCCUGGAUGAUCAGCCGAGAGUGUUCCCUGUGCCCAGCAGCUCUCACAGUACCUGCAGUAUGGAUUCUCCUACAGGAUUGAAGAAGAGGGAAGCUGGCAUCUCUCUGGCUGCCAACUUUACUGCCAACAACAGGAGCAAUAAAGCAGCUGUGGGUAACUCGGUGACCACCAUCCUCCACAACAACCACUCAGAGAAACCCCUCACUCCCAAGAGCUCCAAUCAGAAACCCUCCUUCAAUAACAUAAUCAAAGCCACAGUAAAUGAUGAUUCAACUCUGGAUGUGAGUGGUUCUCUUACUAAGUCUCAGAAGAAUUUCUCUUCUGCGUCAUCGAGCUCCAACAACAACGCCUCUCGUAGCCCCCGAAGCCCAGGUCAGCCCCGCAGACGAGAGGUGACCGAGGAGGAGGCUGAAAGGUAUAUUCAGCAAGUGAACCAUGCUGCUAUUAUCAUCCAGCGUUGGUAUCGUCGCCAUGCCAACAGAAAGAGAGCCAAUGAGAAUACAAUCAAACACCUCCUCACGUCCAAAAAGAAGGAGAGGGAGCAGAGAGCAGAGGAGGAAAAAACCAUUGAGUCAUUGAAGAAGAAAGAAGAUGAUCGAAAACGCAUCAGGGAGGAGAAAGCUCGUCUGGCUCGGCUUACCGCCAUACAGGAGCUUCAGCAGAAAAGAGCCCAACGUGCUGCAGAGGUACAACAGAUCGCAGAGGAGGAGGUAGAGUCACUAAGAUGUGCUGCGAAAGUGGGCCGUAAAAAACUCACCAAGAGUUCACCCACUUCUCCCACUGACAUCAAGGCUAAGAACACAGAUUCUAAUGUAAAUGUGGUGCCUGAUCUGGAUGACGUGACGAAUUUGAGGGCCGCGUCACCUGUUGGUUCUGUGUGCAGAGGAUCUCAGUGUUCUCAGGAGAUCCUCCAGAGGUCUGUGAGCAUGGAGGACCAGCGGCAGGGGGCACCAUCGAGCAGGGCGCAGUCAAAAACCACUCUGAAUGACCUGCUAGACACACUGAAGCUAUUAGAAGAGGAGCCAGAGAGACUGUCAGAGCCUAAGAGCUACAGGAAGGACAAGUAUGCGUGGAUUGACAAGGAUGGAGACUCCAACUCCCUGACGACUGAUAAUGUGGAACGGCACAGGCAGCUGAGUCAGACUCCAGCCCUUCCAGAUGGGGGCGCUCUGCUUUCAGAAGCCAAACUGCAGAGCAUUAUGAGCUUCCUGGAUGAGAUGGAGAAGUCUGAGCAGGAGAGACCACGCUCGGUCACCUCUGGAUCACAUAGAGAGGUGAUGUUGUCAGAGGAAGAUCUAGCAGUUGUGGAACAAGCCUCGGCCACAGCUGCUGAGGUCACCGGCUCUAUGAUGAGACUCAAACUGGAGCUGGAUGAGAAAAAACGCACUGUCAAUAUGCUACAAACAGCGCUGGCCCAGCAGAGGGAGCUGACCAUCCGGCAUGUGAAGGAGACUGAGAAAGAGCUCAAUCAUACGUUCCAGUUACAGAAACAGCAGUAUGAAGCUACGAUACAGAGACACCUGACAUUUAUAGACCAGCUUAUUGACGAUAAAAAGGCCCUGAGUGAAAAGUGUGAGGAAGUGGUGGGAGAACUCAAGCAGGUUGACCAGAAAUACACUAAGAAGAUCGCUCAGAUGCAGGAGCAACAUGAGCUGGUGUGGCAAAUUCUGGGUCCCAUGUGCGAGGAGAUUAAGAAGCUGAAAGAGUUAAUGAGUGCCACAGAAAAGAUCCGCCGAGAGAAAUGGAUCGAUGAGAAGACCAAAAAAAUCAAGGAGAUCACUGUAAAAGGUCUGGAGCCAGAGAUUCAGAAGCUGAUCUCCAAACACAAGCAGGAGCUGAAGAAACUGAGAGUUCUUCACGAGGCAGAGCUGCUUCAGGCGGACGAGAGAGCCGCUCAGCGCUACGUCAGGCAGAGCGAGGAGUUACGACAACAGCUGGAGAGAGAAAGAGAUGAACAGUGCCAGAGAGAGAGAGAACUGGCUAAGCAGAGGUUUGAGAAACAGCUGCAGGAAGAGGAGAACGCGCUGCAGCAGCAGAGGAGGCGCCUGUAUAAGGAAGUAUCAGAGGAGAAAGAGCGAAUCACACAGCUGGCAGCCAGGCAGCAUGCUGAGCUGGAAGAUUUAAGGAAGCAGUUGGAAGAGAACAGCUCUUUGGCAGGAAGAGCGUUGAGAGAAGAACUCGAGAAGAACAGAGAUGAGCAGGAGAGACGUCACCAGGUUGAAAUAAAGGCCCUGAAGGAAAGACUCGAAAUUGAGAAACAGACAUGGGAAGAAAAUUAUAUGAAAAAAGAGGAAGCGUGGCUUCUGAGCAGAGAAAGGGAGCUUAAAGAGGAAGUGCGUCGAGGGAGAGACAAAGAGAUUGAGCUGGCGAUUCAGAGACUAGAGGAGGAGACCAGAGGGGCAAGAGAGGAGUGUGAGAGAGCAGCUGACAACCGGAUAAAGCGUGUGAGGGAGAAAUACGAGACCGAGAUCAGAGAUCUGGAGCGUUCGGAGCGGGCGGCACUGCAGAAACAGCAAGAGAUGAGAGAGAAACACAGUGAGAUGGAGGCAGAGCUCCUCCGAUUGCAGUCGCUGUUACGACAACGAGAGCAAGAGAUAAGCGACCUCACCCAGGCCCGUGAUAAGUUGUCAGAUGAGCGCCGCAGCCUAGCAGAAGUGAUCAGACAAGAGUUUGCAGAGCGGCUUGUAGAAACGGAGGAAGAGAAUAGGAGGAUGAAGAUGGAAGCCUCGGAAGCCAAAGCGCGACUCCGCUUAGAGGUGGAGCGAGUGAGCAGAGAGAAAGAAGAGGAGCUUGCAGAAGUACAUCAGAGAGUGAAGUCAGCUAUUUUGAAGAAGGAAGAGACGGUUAAUAACUUGCGUAAGCAGCAUGAGGCUGCGGUGAAGAGAGCAGAUCAUCUCGAGUCUUUGUUGGAACAGCAGAGAAAACAGCUGUUAGGAAAAUGAUUGUCAAGUUAGGGCACUGACACCCCACCCCCCCGCCACCAACACUACCACCCCUUCCUUUUUGUUAAACCGUCCUCCUGCACAAAGGAACGUUCUUCUUCUUUUUUUUUUUUUUUUUUUUUUAUUACUUUUGGUUUUUUGGAUGAACUGAUGGAUUCUGGGUGGACAUUUUGGUUCCACCACACUUCUCAUUCAGAAGGACGGCCUUUGGCAUUCCCAUGGGAACAAGGCAAGAAAUAAGAGAGGAAUUUAAUCUUCUCCAAGAUUCCAGGAGAGGCUUUUGUGGCUCUCUCUUGCACGGAUAUGGCCAAAUUACAGAUUCCUUUCAGCCACUGGUUUCACACAGCCAAACAAAUGAACUUACAGAUAAAAACACACACACACACACACACAAACAUUUUCUCACUAGAGUUUAGAUCUAGUUUGUUGUUGUUACAAAACCCUACCUCAUAAAAUCGUGCAUAUUUCACCCCAGAAUCAAAAUAUAUAAAUGACACAUUUCCUUACUUUCAUAAACAAAUUAGGCUCAUUAAGCAAAAAAAAAAGCAAAAAAUAAUAUAUUAUUAAGUUGUAAAGUAUUUAUACAUGUUAUUUUUUUAUAACUUUAAUUUAUGCUUGUAUUAAGUAGUCAUUUUAUAAUAUAGUAAAAAAAAAAUGGAAAUCUGAUGAAUCACAAUGGAGAUUAAUGAGGAUUGCAAAACCCUCAAAAGUAAAACAAUAAUGACGGUUCACAUUGUGGCAAAAUGUGAUUGAUUGUCAUGGAAAUUGUCACAAUGCAAAAUAGUCCUAAAAAUAAGCUUAAUUUUCUUUAUGCAAAAUAGUAUUUCUUACAUUUAUUAUUUUGAUUUGUGGGUAAAAUCUGUAUGCAUUUGUGAGAUUCACCCAAGAAGUGGAAAAGCCCCUUUUGCUGGGCACAAAGGCAUUCACAGUAAAGUGUUCCAGAUGUUUCUGUAACUACACUCCCUUUCCCGUCCCUCUCCAGCACUGGAAUAAGGAGAAUGGGUGGAGAUUACAGUGGACAAGAGAGGUGGGAGGGGCAAAGGCUUUGAUAUUGAGCAGAGAAGUUAACUCUUCACAUUAAAGAGGAGAGGCCUAAACCCCCACCGACACAAACAUCCCCACUCCCCUGCCUUUUGUGUGUUGCAUACAGAUGCCUUUUGUCCUGAUCCCCCUCAGAGCUAUCUCUAAAUUACAGGAGAUGUCCCAGAAGCCCCCAGGACACCCAAACAUGCUCACACAGAGCCCGCAGUGAAGCCCAGUUCUAGUUCAGAUGGCAGUGAAUGAUGGCAGCACAGCUAGGCAAUAGAGAUUUUAGAAGGUUUGUUGACAGCAAAGCAGUAAGUGGAAGAAGAUAAGUAUGGAAUGUCUCUUUAGAUUGAUAGGGACUGACAGUAGAUUGAGCAGCUCUCACGGUACAUAUGUGCAGCAAUUUUGCACAUACUGAGAUGAGAGACCUGGAUGAGGUUGAGUUGAGAUGGAUGUAGAAAGUUGGGUAGAUAAAAAUAUCAGAUGGAUUAAAAAAUUAAGAGGAUAACAGUGUUUAGAAUUAGGUACGGCAAAGCUGGGUUCCACAGAAUGUCAUGGUACAAGAUGACUGUGAUUUGCCAAGUAGGAUGUUCCUGAAUCAACAUACAGGGUUCCCACAGUCGUGGAAAAAUGUCAAGGAAAAUUGUGUUUUCAGGCCUAGAAGAGUCAGAAAAGAAGAAAAGUCAUUGAAAACAUAGAAAUAGUAAAUAUGUACUAUUUUUUUUCUUUUGAAAACUGAACAAGAACAAAAUCUAGUUGACAAAAUAUUUUAGCGUAAAAGUGGCUUGCAAGCAGUGUUAUUGUUGACUAAAAAGUUUUUGUUAAUUGAAAUAGUGCUGAAAUGUAAUGAAAUAAAUGGAAAACUUAAAAAAAAAAAACUAAAUAGAAAUAAAACUGAAACAAGUUUGUUGAAGUACUGAAAUUACUAAAACUAAACUGAAAUAUAAAGUAAAGCUAAUUCAAAAUAUUAAAAAACAAAGCUAAAUUACUAAAACUGAAAAUAUAAAAUAAAAGCUAAUUCAAAAUAUUAAUAAGUACUCUAAUAAUAUAUUAUUAAUACUAACUUAGCAUUGCUUGCAAGCCAUAGGAAUGUCUGUAUUUUUUUUUUUUUUUUAAUGAAUCAUUGAAAACAGUUCACACAUUGGUCUGAAUGAUUCAUUAGGAUUCAUUAGCUUGACUUUAUAUAUAGGAAUGUUUUUCUAGCACUAACACAAGUUGUGUUGUAAUGUUGAUCCAGGAACAGUUCUCUCUUGGUGAAAUUUCUGAGAGCCGGGGGAGCAUGACUCAUUCUGUGGUUUCAAGCACAACUAAAAACCCUCCAAUCUCUUUCGUUUUCUCUGCAUGCAAUGUAGAGGAGCGGAGACGAGUGCAAUUCAGCAGGAGUUGGGGUGGCAGGGUGGGGGAGGUGCUUCAAACUCCCAAAAGUCUCCAUUGUUUCUUUUUAUUCCUUCCCUUUUGGUUACUUUACCUUUUAGGUUUUUUUAGGAGCCACUUAUUUAAAACAUUUAGAAUGAAUAAAAAUGACGCAGGCCAGAAAAGCAGUGAAUGUUAGGCCUAUUAUGUUGGGAAUGUUUGACCCUGAUGUUUAUUCUGAUUGGGCAACGUUAGGUCUUUGUAUUUAAAAAAAACUUUAAUUUAAAAACUUCUCUUUAUCUGCAAAACAAUACCCUUGUCAGAGAAGUUGAUUUAUGUGCUAAAUUACACGUGCAAGCCGUAAACAACUUCCUAUCCAAUGUUAGACUGCUUUUUUGUACCAUUGUUUUGUGGAUUUUGUAUGUCAGAUUCUUACUGAUGUGUGAGCUGUUUAGUCAACGGAACCACUCCGAAAAGGUCAGAGUGAAAAGUUCCUCAUUCCUGUUCUCUAAUGAGUGGAUCAGGUGUCUUGUUUGAGGACAGAGUGAGCUCAAACUGUCCCCACUGCAGAAUACAGUAAGCUCUGUCAUGUGGCUCAAGCGUAAAGAGGCAUAAUUUCAUGAGUCACAUGUUGACAUCACACUUAAAUGUGUAUCCAAAGUCAGCUGGAUGCAGUAUAUUACAACCCCAUUGUGAGGUUUAAAACGUUAAAACAUUCUGCGAAUGUUUCAGAUGCAUUUCGUGAAGGUUAGAAGCAGAUUGGCAGCAGAUGCAGGUCCUUGGCUGUCUUUCCGCCUUUGAACGGCAGUGUGGUUGGCAUGGCCGGUGCGUGUCAGUCCCACUCGUGCCAAUGAAUUAUUCUUUUGUGAGUGUAGUGUUUAAUAGCCAAGCGCCGGUCGCCAUUUUCCUGGCCUUUUGUAACUGUGGUCUAAAAAAACACUACUUUUAUUAUCUUAAUUCAUGUCUUGGAUCAUUUCGCCUUCAAACUACUUUCCCUCUUUGUUUUUAAAAUGUUCGAUUUUGCAUGUCUGAGUUUUUAAGUAAAUUUAAAUGUGCCCUAUAACAUGUAGCUCUUAAUUUGAUUCUUCUACACACAUCCUGUAUUUUGAUCAAGUUUAAUUGCUGUUUUUUCGAACAGUGAAGAAUCUUGUCAGUACGAAAAUAAAUCUUGAAAAUGA